UGAAUUUAAUGUGAAGUUAUUAACAUUACAUACCCAUAUGUCUUCAGUUCGUUGUAUUAAUACCUUAAAAGGCAAAAUAAUAGCAAUUAGAAGAGAAGAUCAGUCAGUAUGGGAAAGAAGAGCACCCUUAGCACCUGCAAAUGUUCGUCAAUUAAUUAGAGCAGGAGUAAAAGUAAUUGUACAACCUAGUAAUAGAAGAGCUUAUCCUGCACAAUCCUACCAAGCUGCAGGUGCUUUAUUACAAGAGGAUAUUAGCUCUGCUUCAGUUAUUUUUGGAGUGAAACAAGUUCCUGUGGAUCAACUUAUAUCUAAUAAAACGUACUGCUUUUUUUCUCAUACAAUCAAGGCACAAGAAAGUAAUAUGCCUCUUCUAGAUGCUAUACUUGAAAAGAAUAUACGCUUAUUAGAUUAUGAAAAACUAACAGACGUUAAUGGACAAAGAGUGGUUGCAUUUGGAAAAUAUGCUGGUGUGGCUGGUAUGGUGAAUAUAUUACAUGGACUUGGAUUAAGAUUACUUGCUCUAGGACAUCAUACACCAUUCAUGCACAUUGGACCAGCGCACAAUUAUAGAGAUUCUGCUAUGGCACGGCAAGCUAUACGAGACGCUGGAUACGAAAUAGCAUUAGGUGCCAUGCCAAAAUCAAUUGGACCGUUGACUUUUAUUUUCACUGGUAGCGGCAAUGUUAGUCAAGGUGGUCAAGAAGUUUUUCAAGAACUUCCUCAUGAAUAUGUUCCACCUGAAAUGUUGAAAAAAGUUGCCGAACAUGGCGAUACAACGAAGAUAUAUGGAUGUGAGGUAAGACGAAGGCAUCAUCUAGAAAGGAAGGAAGGAGGAGGUUUUGAUUCUGAUGAGUGUGACAAGCACCCUGAGAGAUAUAUUUCCACUUUCAGCACAAAAGUUGCACCAUAUGCGUCUGUGAUAAUUAAUUGCAUAUACUGGGCUGUUGGUUCACCUAAAUUAUUGACUAUACCAGAUGCAAAAUACUUACUGAGGCCAGCUUACACUCCUUGGUUACCAGCAAGUAUUGGUGCGCCUGCUUUACCUCACAGAAUGUUAGCUAUUUGUGAUAUAUCCGCUGAUCCUGGAGGCAGUAUUGAAUUCAUGAACGAAUGCACAACGAUUGAUACACCAUUUUGUCUAUAUGACGCUGAUCGUAACAAGGAUACAAAAUCUUUUAAAGGACCUGGAGUAUUAGUCUGUUCAAUUGACAAUAUGCCAACACAACUUCCAAAAGAAUCUACAGAUUUCUUUGGGAACCUCUUGUAUCCUUAUGCAUUGGAUAUUAUUCGAUCGGAUGCGAGGGUACCACUAGAAGAGCAUAAUUUUAGUACUGCAGUACAUGGUGCGAUAAUAGCAUCUAAUGGACAGCUAACUCCCAAUUUUGAAUAUAUUCAAGAACUGAGAUCGCUAAAUCAACGUUGUAAACAUAAAGCGGACAAACACGAAGCACAAACCAAAACGGUUGUGGUCCUGGGUGCAGGGCAUGUUUCGGCCCCAUUGGUUGAAUAUUUACAUAGAAAUAGUAACAUACACUUGAUUGUUGCAUCUCAAUUAAAAGAGGAGGCAGACGUGUUAGCAAAUAAAUUUCCCGGCGUGGAACCAGUUUUAUUAAAUGUAUUGGAACGGCCUGAUACCUUAAGCGAGAUUGUCAAAUCUGCAGAUGUAGUAGUUUCAUUGCUACCUUAUUCCCUGCAUCAUGUCAUUGCAAAUGUAUGCAUACAUGCUAAAACUCAUUUAGUAACAGCAAGUUACACGAAUGAAGAUGUUAAAGCCUUGCAUGAAGAGGCUGUAGCAGCGGAAGUAACUAUACUUAAUGAAGUAGGACUAGAUCCUGGUAUUGAUCAUUUCUUAGCCCUGGAAUGUUUCGAUAAUGUAAAACAGGCUGGUGGAAAAAUAGAAUCGUUUGUAUCUUGGUGUGGCGGCUUACCUGCGCCAGAAUGUUCCUUUAAUCCAUUACGAUAUAAAUUUAGUUGGUCACCGCGGGGAGUAUUGUUGAAUACAUUGGCACCAGCGAAAUACUAUUGCAAUAGACAAGUUGUAGAAAUUGAACCAGAUGGAAGUCUCAUGUCUGCGGUCCAGGAUUUGGACUUUUUGCCUGGUUUUGCAUUGGAAGGCUUUCCCAACAGAGAUAGUACAAUUUAUAAAGAUUUAUACGGACUUAAUACUGCUAAUACAGUACUGCGAGGUACAUUAAGGUUUAAAGGAUUUUGCAGUACUAUACGAGUUUUACAAUGUCUUGGACUAACUAACCCUAACCCUCAUCCAAGUUUGCAUCCAAACGGACCAGAUAUUACAUGGAGGGUGCUAAUAUGUAAUUUACUUGGUUUGGCAAAUGACAAUAUCUUUUACGAAAAUUUAAAAAGAAAAUUAGCAGAAAUGCUAAAUUCCGAAGAAGGCGUGCGAACUAUUGAGUCGUUGGGACUCCUUCAGGAAGAUUUAGUGUUAAAAUUAAAUACUCCACUUGAUACUUUAACGCAUUACUUGUCGAAAAAAUUAUUCUACGACCAAAAUGAACGUGAUCUAGUAAUUCUAAGACACGAUAUUGGAAUACUGUGGCCCGACAAUAGAAGAGAAAAGAGAGGAAUUAAUUUGGUGUUGUAUGGGGAAACACGAGGCUACUCCGCUAUGGCACGCACAGUUGGAUAUCCAACAGCUAUUGCAGUUAAAAUGAUCCUUGACGGUGAAAUUCAACAGCGAGGUGUAGUUCUUCCAUUUACCCCAGACAUCUAUCGCCCUAUGCUUAAUCGACUAAAAACUGAAGGAAUAGAAUUUUUUGAAACAUCU